AACAGGAAAAAUCCCUGUCAACGAUGAGGAGCAAACAAACGUGCCAUAUAUCUAUGCUAUUGGAGAUAUACUGCAGGACAAGCUGGAACUCACACCAGUGGCAAUCCAGGCAGGGAGAUUGCUAGUUCGAAGGCUUUAUGCUGGGGCAAGCACUAAGUGUGACUAUGUGAAUGUUCCAACUACUGUAUUCACUCCUUUGGAGUAUGGAGCUUGUGGGUAUUCUGAAGAGGCUGCAGUGGAGAACUUUGGGGAGGAAAACAUUGAGGUGUACCAUAGUCAUUUCUGGCCACUGGAGUGGACUGUGCCAUCCAGAGACAACAACAAAUGCUAUGCAAAGAUCAUUUGCAACAUUCAAGAUAAUGAGAGAGUCGUUGGUUUCCAUGUCCUUGGUCCAAAUGCUGGAGAAAUCACCCAAGGGUUUGCAGCUGCUAUUAAAUGUGGGAUGACAAAAGAACAGCUGGACACAACCGUAGGAAUUCAUCCUGUCUGUGCAGAG